UUUGUGGAAUUUUUUUGAUUUGUGUUUGUGUAAAACGAAAAAAUAAUUUAUUAAGAAAAAAUCUAUUGAAAAAGGAAGAUUUUAUUACAAAAACUUAACGUUUUAAUUUAUUAGUUUUUUAGAAUAAAUUAUUAAUAGAAAAUCCAGCAAAAUAUGGCCUUGUAUAAUGAAAAUAUUGGCAAUCGUAUCCUUGAACUGCUUAGUUUUCCUUUAUUGGAUCGAUGUACAGAAUUGAAUAUACUAUUUGAAAGAUGCAAUUUACGAGAACUGCAAGAAAUUUUUCCUUCAAUUGUACAAUCUGUUUUUGGUAUUGGUACUGGUGGCCUGGGUUGGGGCUUAAGGGCCACCACUAAGGAAAAUUCGCCACAAUGUUUUGACAUGCUGCAUAACUUUUUUUCACCUAUGGGACCAAUGUUUCGUUUAUGUUAUCGUUUGUUAAAUGAAGCCAUUAAGUUUGAAUUGUCCUUGGAACAAUUGCCGCAUAAAUUAGUUGAAUUGUUACAAUCUGGACAAUACAAUAUGUUUUAUGCAGACCUAAUAAAUGUUGAUCCCUUAAGGAGACAAAUCGCUUCCUUAUCUCUCAAUGCCUUCGACUAUUAUAUAUUACAUUUUGUAAUACACGCCACAUAUCCAUUGCACAAAAUGUAUCCGGCUGCCUUACAAGUACACAAUGAACGCAUGAAAACUGUGUAUUUCUUUUUGACUGCGGAAUAUUUGUGCAAUUUUCUGCCCAGUCGUCCCGAUGCCAUGGUUAUGCCCUCAAAUAUAUGUACCAGUGUUAAGGCACCACAACCCAUGCCAGUGCAACAGUUACAACCUAAAAAAUCUCCUAAAUAUCUGAGGAUACCUCAGUCGAAUAAUAGUUUGUAUGGCAAUAAUAUGUCACAAAUGAAUCAACGUAGUGUGGAUGCAUCACCAAGGGCACAUGCCUGGAGAACUGAAUCGGUUUUGCAUUUUUUCAUAGACACAUGGUUGCGUUAUGAUAUCGAUGAGGCGAGGGAUCUACCCAGUAGUGAAUUUAUACGUGUAGUGCGCAUUUUGGUAAAACAAACGCAUUCCUUUGCCAAUUCUGCCGCUUUAGAUCAAACAGCAAUGGCUUCUUUACGUAAAAUAGCUCAACCAAUGAUGAAGCCACGCAUUUAUCCCUUCAUCAAAAGCAUUAUUGGACGAUGGCCAUUAGACAGCUCUUUGUCAGUGGUUUUAGAAUUAUGGCUGAGCUAUAUACAACCUUGGCGUUACAGGUUUGAAUGGCAAAAUAAUGGUAUGGCUAAUAUGGAUGGUCCCAUCAGUAGUAGAUUUGAUUCUUUUAUUGCUGAAAAUUUAGUUAUUUACACCCAAAUCUUUGUACACUUAUUACCACGUUUUGAAAGAUUAGAUUUUACUUCUUUUCCCAAUGUCAUUAUGUUAAAUCGUUUGGUUAAGGUUUUCAGUCAACCGGGUUUAUCACAAAAACUAUAUCAAGCUGAAAAAUCAUUUGCCGGCAGUUCAAUAUCCUUUGAAUCACCACGCAAACACAGUACCUUAUUAAACUCUACUCCGGGUUCUUGUGAUUGGACUGAUAGCUUUUAUCAUGAUGAUAUCUACACACCCAUGUUUGGACCUGUUAUACGUCAGGAAAUAGAACAAUUUAUUAAAACCGUACAUAUCUCACGUAUGUACAUUUUACAAGAAAUUCAAACUAUACGUCGUGAACAAUUGGAUCGUCGUAAGUCGUUGGGUUUCUUUAAGAAACUUUUAACUAAUUUAUUUGAAGACAAAUCUCCCGAAGAGUUGAAAUUACAGGAAAUUAAUAAAAUACCAGACUUUUUGUCGGUGGCUGUACGUUCAUUGUGUCAAAUGUUUGAUAUUGAUUUACCUAAUAUAUCUAUGGAACAAUUGGAUGUAUCUGCCAGUGCCAGUUUUAAUGACAAUUUCAAUUUCUCUAUAUAUGACAAUAGUGAUUAUCUAGAUAUUUCUCGUGUUUCCCCUAGACAAAUGAUGGACAAUUUAGCUAAUAUUAAAUCGACAAUAGAUCCUGCUCUAUUGCCUAUACAAACGUAUGAAGUAAAGGUAUUGGUGCGCAUUUUACAUCAAAUUUGUUGUUGCAUUAAUGACAAGUAUGGCCCCCAAUUGCACACUCUCUGGAAUCGUAAGGAUAUUGUUGGUAAAUUAUCACGACAAAUUUUAUACGCUCCCAUGACCGCACAAUGGUUCGAUAAACCAAGAGCUUCUUGUGAUGUUUCAGGUGUAAGCGAAUUAUGUGAACAACAAGUGCCCGCUCGUCUAUGUUUAAGAUUUUUAGCAUCUUAUCGUUCGUUAGCUUUAAUAUUUUUAGCUCUUGGUAUCGGUUACCUCUUCUGGGGCUCUUCGACAAUUGGUUUGACAAUCUUAUUGUUUGUAAGCCUAAUUUAUGUAUUUAUUAUGGCUCUUCUAUCAUCGUAGUGUCAGCGUAACUUGUCCAAAGCAAUCAGUAAUAAUAUUAACAAUUAUGAAAUCUAUUUUGUUAAGAAAAAAUUAUCAAUAAAGGAUGUAUUUUUAAUAAUUAAA